AUGAACGGCAGUGCAGCGACGGUGAAUGGUACCGUCAAUGGUACCAACGGUUCUCUUAAUGGAAUUGGCGCUGCUCCACGUACAGCUACACUUGGAACUCCAAGCAGUUAUGCAUAUACAUCCAGCGGCUCCUUACUUGGUAGAGGAGGGUCGGCAAGACCAGUGCCGCCACCGACGUUGCCCAAAUACAGUGGGUCGUUUAGCGCUGGUAGUGUUAGUUCUGCCGGAUUGAGGGAAAGGGAUAGGGAAGGUACAGGUGGUUCUCACAGAUUAGCAAGUUUAGAAAGAUUAGCACUUCGACAGAGGAUUAUAGAACAAAGUGCAAAUAACCAGAUAGUUACUGGUGCGCUCAAUAAUUCCACUACCAGUACUGGACCCACCUCAGCUACAGUCACCCUCACCGACACGGCUACAUUACAAAGUAAACGCGAGCUGUUCUUCAAGUCUGAAUCAGUAAGCAGCGGCGGGGUGAGCGCAACAGGGCUGCCAAACACUACGCCGCCCGCUCCGCCGCUAGCGCCCUCGUCCCUUAAGGACGCGCUCGCUAAACGCUCGGCGACUCUCCCGGAGCCACAAGAGAACAACCACGUAGAAGCGAAUGGUACAGCGAAGUUGAUUAGUAGCGCAUCAGUUGACAUAAAACCUAACCCGCCACAGAUGCCCGCCCCGCCGGUACCGACAUCAGCUCCGCCUGCUGCGCCACUCAGGAGUACAGAGAAUAUAAUUAAGAAACCAGAUCACCCACCAGUCGCCCCAAAACCAGAACUACCUAAAAUAGAAAAACCCAAAACCAAAGAACUAGAUGGUUACGUCGGAUUUGCAAAUCUCCCGAACCAAGUAUACAGGAAAGCUGUCAAAAAGGGCUUUGAAUUCACUUUGAUGGUUGUUGGUGAAACCGGUUUGGGAAAGUCGACAUUAAUAAACUCGUUGUUUCUGACCGAUGUUUACGAUAAGGACAAACACCCUGGUCCAUCGCUCCGGGUUAAGAAGACAGUUGGUGUGGAGACUAGUAUUGUACUGUUGAAGGAAAAUGGCGUUAAUCUAACGUUGACGAUCGUUGAUACGCCAGGAUUUGGGGACGCGGUGGAUAAUAGUAACUGCUGGCAACCGAUCAUCGACUUCGUGGAAUCGAAAUACGAAGAGUUUCUCAACGCGGAGUCUCGCGUGACGCGUCAAGCGGCGCCACCUGACACGCGAGUCCAUUGCUGCCUCUACUUUAUUGCGCCGAGCGGACAUGGGUUGAAACCCCUCGAUGUAGAGUUCAUGCAGCGGCUCGGCGAUAAAGUCAAUAUAAUACCAGUUAUUGCUAAAGCGGAUACCAUGACGCCAGAGGAGUGCAUGGAAUUUAAAGAGCAGAUAAUGAAAGAAAUAAAUCAGCACAAGAUCAAAAUCUAUGACUUUCCGGAGAGUACGGGUGAGGAGGGCGAAGGAGAUGCGACUAAGACGCUUCGGAACAGAGUGCCAUUCGCGGUGGUCGGUGCCAACACGGUCAUCGAACAGGAUGGAAAACGUAUUCGGGGCCGGAAGUACCCUUGGGGUAUUGCGGAGGUUGAAAAUCUCGAGCACUGCGAUUUCUUGGCGCUACGGAACAUGGUAAUAAGGACUCAUCUUCAGGACCUGAAAGAUGUUACCAGCUCAGUCCACUAUGAAAAUUAUAGAUGUCGCAAGUUAGCUGGUCUUUCACACGACGGCAAACCGCACAGGAUCAAUUCUAAUAAGAAUCCGUUAGCUCAGAUGGAGGAGGAAAAGAGGGAACAUGAUCAGAAAAUGAAGAAAAUGGAAAGUGAAAUGGAACAGGUGUUUGAGUCCAAAGUCCGCGAGAAACGUGCAAAGCUCAAAGAGUCCGAAGCUGAAUUGGCUAGACGGCACGAAGCCACGCGACGCGCUUUGGAGGCCCAAGCGCGGGAGUUGGAAGAGAGACAGAGGGCGCUGCAAGCGGAACAAUCUGCCUGGGAGAGGGAGACCGGGCUCUCGCUUGACGAUCUGCGACGCCGAUCUUUGGAGGCCAAUAGCAAGGAAACAAUGGACAAGGAAAAGAAGGAUAAGAAAAAGAAAGAUUGGUCAUUUAAGAAUGUCACGAGCGGUAUAGCACUAUAA